CUGCAACAACUUGUAUGAUGAAACGUCACUGCCACGUAGAGGAGCAACUGCACACCUCUGCACAACUUUUUUAGCUAUCUGUCUGUUUAUCCUGCUGUUUUUCCUGAACGCUGAGUGUGGCGGCAUGCUGCUAACCGUGCUGAGCUGGCUCUGCUCCUCCCUGCUGGUGUCUGUCAGCGGGGGAAAGCUGCCCGAGGCCGAGGUGGAAAUAGAAGUCAUGUACAGACCUUUUAUCUGUCACCGAAAAUCAAAGUACGGAGAUAUCCUGCUGGUGCAUCACGAGGGAUACUUUGAGAAUGGGACCAAGUUUCACGACAGUCGAGCAGAAGGUGACAAGCAGCCAGUGUGGUUCACUCUGGGCAUCAGAGAAGUGAUCAAAGGCUGGGAUAAAGGCCUGCAGGACAUGUGCUCUGGAGAGAAGAGGAAACUGGUCAUACCUCCAGCCCUGGCCUAUGGGAAAGAAGGGAAAGGUAAGAUUCCACCUGAAAGCACAUUGACCUUUAUCAUUGAGGUGCUUGAGAUCAGAAAUGGGCCGAGAUCGCACGAGUCCUUCCAGGAGAUGGACCUCAACGAUGACUGGAAACUCUCUAAACAUGAGGUCAAAGCAUACCUGAGGAAGGAGUUUGAGCGUCACGGCUACCCUCCCAAUGACACUCUACAUGAGAACAUGGUGGAGGAUAUCUUUGCCAAAGAGGAUGAGAACAAAGAUGGCUUUAUAUCCUCCAGAGAGUUCACUUACAAACACGAUGAACUUUAAAGUCUCUCCCAGUCCCAUGUCUCACUCACAAUGCUUUGCUUUGGUGCAGAGUUUAUUGCAAAGAUUCUCUCAGGUUACCUGAAGUGUUUUUAUAGAGGCUUUGUAUUCAUGUGAUGUGUGUGACACUUAAACCCAUUCAGUGUAAAGCUGUGUGUAGUGGGUUUUGAGCCAGUGGGUUCACUACUUUUAGUGGUAUUUCACCUUAUCAGGUCUUUUCUUUUUUGUGUGUUUACUUCCUUGAAUGGCAAAAAAAACCCCAACAAAUUCUGGGACCACUGUCAGCUUUACUUUUUUUUUU